UUUCCUAUACAUCUUCAAAAAGACAUUUUAAAAUAAGUGGAGUACUGUCUUUCUACUGCGAGCAAUGCGAUGUAAAAUAACGUAUACGCCGGUUUCGGCUAUGAAGUGUUUUCUCUUGCUCGUUCUGGUUAUUGGCCUGGAUUUAUCCUCGGCCAACUCGAUUUCCAGCUAUAACCACUACCGACUGCCAACUGCCUUAAGACCCCAAAAGUAUUACUUGCGUAUCCUGACACUGUUGGAAAGUCCUGAUGAUCUCCGUUUCGCCGGAAAUGUGCAAAUCGUGAUUGAAGCCCUGAAAAACACCAGGAACAUAACGCUGCACUCGAAGAACCUGACCAUCGAUGAAUCCCGGAUCACCCUGCGCCAAAUUAGCGGUGCGUCAAACAAGGAUAAUUGUGUGUCAUCCACAUUCGUUAAUCCCACCCAUGACUAUUACAUCAUGCACACCUGCGAGGAACUUUUGGCCGGCAAUGUGUACAAACUUGGCCUUCCAUUUUCUGCUGAUCUAACUCGUCAACUUUUUGGUUACUACCUCAGUUCCUACAAGAAUCCUGUGACCAACAAGACACGCUGGCUGUCUGCUACUCAAUUCGAACCAUCCUACGCUCGAAAGGCAUUUCCCUGCUUCGAUGAGCCCGGUUUUAAGGCAUCCUUUGUGGUCACUUUGGGCUAUCACAAGCAGUUCAAGGCGCUCAGCAAUAUGCCCGUGAGGGAAAUCAGGAAACACGAGUCCCUUCCAAACUACAUAUGGUGCGAGUUCCAGGAGUCGGUGCCGAUGUCCACCUACCUGGUGGCAUAUUCAGUUAAUGAUUUCACCUUUAAGCCCUCCACUCUGCCAAAUGGAGCUCUAUUCCGGACUUGGGCCAGGCCCAAUGCGAUCGAUCAGUGUGAUUAUGCCGCGGAGUUUGGACCCAAAGUGCUGCAAUACUACGAGGAGUUCUUCGGCAUCAGGUAUCCGCUUCCCAAGAUCGAUCAGAUGGCAGUUCCGGACUUCAGCGCUGGUGCCAUGGAGAACUGGGGUCUGGUCAAAUACAGAGAAUCCACACUUCUCUACUCGCCGACCCACUCUUCACUGGCGGAUAAACAGGACCUGGCCAAUGUAAUAGCUCAUGAGUUGGCCCACCAAUGGUUCGGUAAUCUGGUGACGAUGAAGUGGUGGACCGACCUCUGGCUGAACGAGGGAUUCGCCACCUAUGUGGCCGGCUUGGGAAUGCAGAAAAUCCAUCCGGAGUGGGACUCAAGGGAUAAGAGUUCUUUGGUCGCUCUGAUGACCUCCUUCCGCCUGGACUCGCUGGUGAGCAGCCAUCCCAUAUCGAGGCCCAUUCGAAUGGUGGCGGAAAUCGAAGAAAGCUUUGAUGCCAUAUCUUACCAAAAGGGAUCCGCGGUGUUGCGAAUGAUGCACUUGUUCAUGGGCGAGGAGUCCUUCCGAUCGGGGCUAAAGGAGUAUCUUAAGGUUUACGCCUAUAAGAACGCCGAACAGAAUAACCUAUGGGAGUCACUCACCACAGCAGCUCAUCAAAAUGGAGCUCUGGCCGGGCACUAUGACAUAAAUACCAUUAUGGACUCGUGGACUCUGCAAACCGGAUACCCUGUGCUCAAUAUUACCCGUGACUAUUCGGCUGGAACCGCUGAGAUUACCCAGGAACGUUACUUGCGCAACUCCCAGAUACCCCAAGCGGACCGCGUUGGCUGCUGGUGGGUGCCACUGAGCUAUACUAGCCGGGAGGAGAAUGACUUCAAUACCACGGCACCCAAGGCGUGGAUGGAGUGCAGCAGUACGGACGAAGGUGUGCCUACAAUCAUUGAUCAUCAAGCUGGACCCGAAGAAUGGCUGAUCCUCAACAUUCAGCUGUCGACGCCUUACAAAGCCAACUAUGAUGCCAGAAACUGGAAGCUGUUGAUUGAUGCUUUGAACAGCAAGGAGUUCGAGAGUAUUCACGUGAUCAACAGAGCCCAGCUUUUAGACGAUGUCCUCUACUUCGCCUGGACGGGGGAACAGGACUACGAAACCGCACUGCAAGUGACCAACUAUCUGCGGAGGGAACGAGAUCUUAUUCCUUGGAAAUCGGCCCUGGACAACUUGAAGUUGCUGAACCGCAUCCUGCGACAAACUCCCAACUUUGGGUCAUUUAAACGCUACAUGAAGAGGCUUCUUACUCCGAUCUAUGAGCACCUGCAUGGCAUGAACGACACUUUCAGCUCGAUGCCGCAGCAGGAUGAGGUCCUUUUGAAGACUACGGUGGUCAAUGUGGCGUGUCAGUACGACGUAUCCGAUUGUGUGACCCAGGCGCAGGCCUAUUUCCGCAGAUGGCGGGCAGAGGCCAAUCCUGACGAGAACAACCCGGUUCCAUUAAACCUUCGCAGCACAGUGUACUGCACAGCAAUAGGUCAAGGCACGGAGGAGGAUUGGAACUUCCUGUGGACGCGGUACAGGAAAUCGAAUGUGGGAUCCGAGAGGCAGACCAUCUUGAGUACCCUGGGCUGCUCGAAGGAGGUUUGGAUACUGCAGCGUUACAUGGAGAAGUCAUUCGAUCCCAAGAGCGCCAUUCGCAAGCAGGACUCAUCGCUGUGCUUCCAGGCGGUGGCCUCCGGGCAAGUGGGCUUCCUCCUGGCCAAGCAGUACUUCAUAGAGAAUGUUGAGCUUAUCCACAAGUACUAUUAUCCACAGACCAGAACCAUGUCGCGACUAUUGACGCCGCUGUCCGAGCAAGUUAGCACACUCAGUGAUCUGAAAAAGUUCAGAUCCUUUGCCAACGAUUCCCGACAGUUACUGAAGGGCAUUCGUCAGGCGAUGCAGCAGAGCCUGGAGACGAUGCUCACCAAUGUGCAGUGGAUGGAUUGGAACUAUCAUCAGUUCUCCCGGACCAUACGCCGCCAUUUGUGAUGCUCACCAAUGGGUUUGGAGCCUCCCAAAAAGCCUCUUUAAUGUUAUAGUAUUAUAAGUGAAGAUUGAAAAUACAAACAAGAUUACCCGUUUCUCAGUUAGUGACGAUAGAACGACGAAGAAAUUUCGAAAUUCUUUUUGCAAAUUCUUGCCAAACAAAUAAAAAAUAUAUUUAUUAAUCUGUAUGCUUAAU